AUGCUAUUAUGGGAAUGUGUACUAUAUAUACAGUUAUUCAAUAUCUUCGAUACAGUGCUCACUAUCACCACUGCAGGUCAUCUUUGUAAAACCUUCAUCCAUCUACGUAAUACGUCAAGGGCAACUAUAGGGCGUAAUAAAGCUGCAGAACGGGCAUCAUGUCCUUCUGACGAACUGUGGAGGUCUGAAUUUCCUGCAUUAAAUUCAACAGAUUUUCAUGAUCUAAUAUAUCUCGACAACGCUGCUACUACACAGAAACCACAAUCGGUCAUUGAGGCUAUCAAUAGCUACUACAGCACACCGUGUUCAAACGUACAUCGAUCACAACAUCCACUGGCAACCACGGCCUCUAUUAAAUACGAGCGUGGCCGGGAGAACAUAACACGCUUUCUGGGUGCUAAGGAUCCUUGCGAGAUCGUAUUUACCAGCGGUGCUACGGAUGCUAUCAACCUAGUAGCCAGUGCAUGGUGUCCAAAGGAGGUAGGACCUCGUGACGUUAUAUUGCUACCAUUGUCCGAACACAAUAGCAAUAUAAUACCGUGGCAAUUGCACUCGGAAAGGAGCGGUUGCGAUGUUCGUUUCAUAAAGCUCAACGCAGACGGGUCUAUCGACUUAGAUGAUUAUAAAAGUCAACUUGUAAAUGGAAGGGUAAAGUUAGUGGCACUAGGGCAUGCAUCAAAUGUCCUGGGUCAUGUGCAAAACUUGAAAGAUAUCAUCCGGAUAGCACAUGAACAUGGAGCUAAGGUAUUAGUAGAUGCUUGCCAAACCCUAGCACAUAUACCAGUUGAUGUACAUACACUGGAUUGUGACUUUUUAGUCGGUUCGGCACACAAAAUGUAUGGACCAACCGGAUUAGGGUUCCUAUAUGCUAAACGUUCUAUUCUAGAAUCUAUGCACCCUUGUAAAGGCGGGGGUGGUAUGGUAAAGACCGUGACAUCUACCGGGUAUAAUCUAGACGAUAUACCACAUCGAUUUGAACCUGGUACACCUCCAGUGGCACAGGUUGUCGGGUUUUCAGCUGCUAUCGACUUUUUGCGUAACAUAGGAUUAGAUAAGAUUGCUGCACAUGAACGUGACCUUCUAAUCCACCUUCAUAACAAGCUACGAGGGCUGGCAACCGUGCAUAGCCACUCCAAAAACAUUGGAGAUACGGAACACUGUCCCAUAGUAUCAUUCAACGUCGAAGGUGUUAGUCCGUUUGACCUAGCAGCGUUAUUAUCGUUACGUAACGUGGCUGUCAGGGCAGUUAAUGGUGGCGAUUCUAUACUUCGAGUUGAUCCUAAGCUGGUACCUACCAAACAUGUUGGAAAGGCACUACGUCGUGUCGGUGCUAUGGGUACCGAUCGUUGCAAAAUAGAACGUAUCCUUCUUACCUGUGCUACACAGAUGGGUCAUGCUAUGGAUGAUGUCAACGUAUGCACAUAUCUCAAUGUUAUGGUAAAGCUAAGGAUCUCCAAUGCACAUUGCUUGGAACGGAUCGUACCAUAUUGUUACAAUAUAAAGGACAUGAAACGUGCUAUAGCAUGUUGUCAUCUUAUAAGCAUGGUACCGGGUAGUCGUAAUGUCACCAUUUGUCGUGCAUUCAUGGUACAAGUGGCACAGCGCAUACCUCUUGAUGGGUACAGUAUAGAAUUCCCAGAUCUCGGACGGUUAUGCGAGUCGUUACGAUCAUUUGAUUUGUAUUGUGAGGAGCUCGGGAGGUUCUUGAUCAGCCUUAUAGAGACAGAAUUGGAACCAUCGGAGUCUACCGAUGGUGUGGUAUAUAUGUCCUCUAUUCUGUCAUAUAUAGGCGGCAUGGGUAUGGGCACAUCUGCACUCUGGAGUUUAUAUAGCCGUUAUAUGUGUGUUUCAGGCCUGCAUAACAAUCCUCGUGUCCUGAUAAAAGCCUUGGAAUCAUUCUGUUCACGUAGAAUAUGUGAUAGGUACCUGCUACAAAUGGCUGGUGAUGCCCUUGCUACAGCUAUAGAUACCUUUCAUCCCGCUGAGGUUGCCAGAGUUUCGGAUAUAUACGUCCGCUCAGGGUAUCAUCACAGCGGCAUCUGCACGGCGUUGAUACACUCCGCCGAGCGCAUAGUCCCAUCUUUGGACCCACGCGGUGCUGUUAAACUUUUGCAAAUUUUUGUGCAAGCAUAUGGCAAACAUAGCGAUGGAUCGACGAUCCCAAAUCGUCACCGAAGGGCGUUAUAUUUGACGUUUAAUCGUUGUUCCACGGGGGCCGGCCAUUUUGAUGCAUCUGAACUUCUGGCUGUUACCGGUGCCAUGCGCCUGUUACCCGUGUCGCCACCAUCUGCCUUGGUGGGUUCGUUACAACGGCUGUUGUCCCGUGCCAUAGAACCUCCCAAAGAUGAGGUAAUGAACCAUCCUGGACGCAUGAGCGCUCGUCAAUUGGCAGAAAUCGUCUUGAAAGACGCCAGGAGGAAACGGCUAAAUAUCACCGGCGCCGAGGCGUCGGUGAUAUCACAACUUGCCGGGAUAGAUACGAAACAUCAAAUUGUAUAG